UCGGGCCUUUUCUCGCGCCAAAUUAACGCUGACUCAUUUUACGUUUCGGAAUUUGUGACUCAGCGUAUCGAUAGCCGCGAAUUCGAUUUAUUUUGAAACCUUGAGUUUUACGUGUAAGUAAAGCCACGGUGUGAGUCCACGCGUCAAUAUGACUCGUGUAAUAUCGGAAAGCUGUGACAAGAAAGUGAUUAAGUUUGAAAUUCUGUCAGCAAUAAAGCAGUGCAAAAAGCGUGGACUCAAAGAAACAACGAAAUGGUUGGCUGAGCUAUCUUUAGCAUUGGAUUGUACCCCGGUCAAACCAAGCCAAGAUUACACAGAGAAGUUUUAUGGGAGUUCUAACCACUUUGAAGAACCAAGCACCCCACACAACAAAGACGAUGAUAUUUAUGAACUUGCCAAGUCUUACUUUGAUAUAACAGAAUAUGACAGAGCCGCCCAUAUAUUAUUAAGUUCUAAAGAAGGGUCAUCGCAUUUUCUUCAUGUCUAUUCAAGAUACUUGUCUGCACUGAGAAAGCAACAGCUACAACAUCUAUACAAUCAUAGUACAUCAGAGAGAGCACUCGGAAAAAAUGAGGUUUUACGAACUUUGAGAAGCGAUUUAGCGCGAAAAUAUAAAUCUGAUGAACUCGAUGCUUACUUGCUUUACCUUUAUGGUAUCUUGCUCAAGAAAACAUCGGAAAUGUCGACGGCACUUCAAAGAAACGAAGUGAUAACUGUGUUAUGUAAAUCGGUGAAAAAGUUCCCAAUGAACUGGGCUGCUUGGCACGAGUUGUCUUCUUUAAUUCCCGAUCAACAGAUGCUUUCUUCCCUUGAACUUCCCGCCCACUGGAUGAAAGAUUUCUUUCUUGCACAAACACAUGGAGAUCUUAUAAACGCUGACGAAGCACUUAAUCUUUACGAACUUUUAAAAAAAGCUGGGUUUCAAGAGAGUUGUCACAUCAAGACACAAGAGGCUAUAUCUCAACACAACAGAAGAAUUUUCGACGAAGCCAUCACUUUACUUGAAGAAGUUCGAGCAAAAGACCCAUACAGACUUGACGACAUGGAUAUCUUAUCCAAUAUGUAUUAUGUUAAGGGUAGAAGGGCUGAUCUUGCCCAUCUUGCUCACCACUGCACUCAAGUGGACAGAUAUCGGGUCGAAACAUGUUGCAUUGUUGGUAAUUAUUACAGCAUCCGAACUGACCAUGAGAAGGCGGUUAUUUACUUCCAGCGAGCUUUGAAACUUAACCCAAACUACCUGAGUGCAUGGACCUUGAUGGGGCAUGAGUUUACUGAGGUUAAAAAUACUUCUGCAGCCAUUCAGGCGUAUAGAAAUGCUGUAGAUUUGAAUAGAAGAGACUACAGGGCUUGGUAUGGUCUUGGGCAAACAUAUGAACUUCUCAAGAUGUAUUAUUACUCACUUUAUUACUACAAACAGGCCCAUCGAUUGCGACCUUUUGAUUCUCGUAUGUUGAUGGCUGUUGGUGAAACAUAUGAAGUCCUCAAGAGGAUUGAAGAAUCAAAGAUGUGCUAUAGAAAAGCACUGGCUGUUGGGGAUAUUGAAGGAAUGGCAAACAUUAAACUUGCAAAGCUUUAUAAGGCCGAGAGCUCCACUGAAUGGGCGGCAUAUUAUUAUGAACGUUUUGCUCAACAAGCAGAAGAGAGAGGAGUGGUUGAAGGGACAAGCUCACAUACAGAGGCAUUCCAGUUUCUGGCACGACACCAUUUACAACAAGGCAAUGCUUUAGAUGCUGCUGCAUAUUAUGCUCAUAAGUGUUGUGAAUAUCCAGAGGUCCGUGAAGAUGGGAAAGCUGUUCUUCGUCAAAUUUCUCACAUUCGUGGAAUUGGAGGCGGAGGAGAUGACUCUGAUCCGGAUGCGGCGAUCCGAGCUCAUCCUACUCCUGGCAACAUCCUCAGACUACGGGGAGCAAAUGACAGCACUGAUAUAGUUAUGGAUACAGACUCUCCCUCUGCUAGUGUUGGGCCAAUUAAAUUAAGCUUUUCACCAGGCCAAGCUGAAUCAGACACCAGUAAUCUAGGUUGAAAAAGAUUUUUUUGCCAUUUUUGUUGUAUUUUCUAUCAAGUUCACAUCGUAAUAGUAUGCUGUUGCAUGGCUAAAUUGUACUGAUUUUGCGCAUAAAGUUUGAAGAAAUGAGUGCUGUUGGUUAAAACAGUUUCGUGGGCAAAUUAUUAAAAUAUGAAACAGCAGCAAAACUCUGCUAACG